UGCAAGGAGCAGCGCAGGAGGGACACAAACCAAACCUCACUUGUUUUUGUUUUUUUCCACCCCAAGCAAAAGUCCAGUCCUCCUUCUUUCAUAACUAACAAUCCUCAAGUUUCCUUUGUAAGAUCCUUGUUUUCCUCCCCUCACAAUGACCGGUAGCCCGCUCACGGGGCUGCUGGUUGCGCUGUGCGUAAGCAGCGCAGUCCACUGCGUGCCAAGCAAGAACAAGAGACAAACUGGACAAUAUCGCGUGUAUCCUGAGCUCCAAGACCCAGCGGCCCUCGCUCCAGUCGGCUGUGAGGAAAACGGUCGAUCAUACAGGCUGAACGAGCAGUGGGAGAAGCCUUACCUCGGCAGUACACUGGUGUGCACCUGCACUGCGGCCUCGGACAUCAAAUGCAAAUCCAAGCCUGACGUGGUAGAGUCCUGUUAUGACAAGUACAAUGACCGCACAUACCGGGUCGGUGAAACCUACGAGAGGCCAAAGGAUGGAAUGAUUUGGGACUGCACCUGCAUCGGCUCCGGUCGAGGCAAGAUCAGCUGCACCAUCGCAAAUCGCUGCCAUGAAGGUGGGAGGUCGUACAAAAUCGGAGACACCUGGCAGAGGCCUCACGAUACCGCCGACUACAUGCUGGAGUGCGUGUGUCUUGGGAAUGGCAAAGGAGAGUGGACCUGCAAACCUGUGGCUGAGCGUUGCUACGACACCACCGCUGCAUCAUCGUAUGUCGUGGGGGAGACCUGGGAGAAACCGUACCAAGGCUGGAUGAUGCUGGACUGCACCUGCCUGGGCGAAGGAAACGGACGCAUCACGUGUACCUCCAGGAACCGCUGCAAUGACCAGGACACCAGGACGUCCUACCGUAUCGGAGACUCGUGGACAAAGACUGAUGCAAGUGGACAAUUCCUGCAGUGUCUGUGCUUAGGAAACGGCCGUGGAGAGUGGAAAUGUGAAAGACACAACACAGGCCGAACCACAGGUGUAGUCGCGGUGAAUACCGCCCACACCGCGACCCAGAAGCAGAUCGAUCCCCCCAUUGAAGGAACCUGCCGCACGGACUCUGGAGCCAGCUACUUUGACGAGCAGCGCUGGAUUAGGACGCAGGGCAACAAGCAGAUGCUUUGUACCUGCCUGGGAAACGGCAUCAGCUGUCAGGAAUGGGAAGCCAGAAGCCAGGUUUACGGUGGUAACUCUGAUGGACGGCCGUGUGUUUUCCCCUUCGUCUUCAUGGGAAAGACCUACUACUCCUGCACCUCAGACGGACGCACAGAUGGACAGCUCUGGUGCUCUACAACCUCAGACUAUGAGACGGACAAGCAGUACUCUUUCUGUACUGAGAAGAACGCCAUCGUGGCAACACGCGGCGGGAACUCCAACGGCGCCCUGUGCCACUUCCCCUUCCUCUACAGCGGCCGCAACUACACCGACUGCACCGCCGACGGACGCCGCGACAACAUGAGGUGGUGCGGCACCACGCACAACUACGACGGAGAGCAGCGGUUCGGAUUCUGCCCCAUGGCUGCCCACGAGGAGGUGUGCACCACCAACGACGGCGUGAUGCACCGUGUGAACGACAAGUGGGACAAGCGCCACGACACCAACGGUCACAUGAUGGAGUGCACGUGUCUGGGGAACGGCCGCGGCGAGUGGAGCUGCAUUGCGCACUCACAGCUGCGAGACCAGUGCAUUGUGGACGGCUUGACCUAUGAAGUAAACCAGGAGUUCUCCAAGCGCCACGACGAGGGCUACAUGAUGAACUGCACCUGCUUCGGGCAGGGACGCGGACGCUGGAAGUGUGAUGCUCUCGAUCAGUGUCAGGAGCCGCAAACCAGAGCCUUCUAUCAGAUCGGAGACUCGUGGGACAAAGCCAUCCACGGCAUCCGUUACCGCUGCUCCUGCUACGGCCACGGCAUCGGUGAGCUGCGGUGUGAGCCCCAGCAGACCUACCAAGACGGCCACAGACCAGUCCAGGUGAUCAUCACGGAGGCGGGAAAACAGCCAGACUCACACCCCAUCCAGUGGAAUGCGCCUUCAUCUGUUCCCAUCACCCAGUACAUCCUCAAGUGGAGAAUUAAAAAUGCACGAGCACCCUGGCGUGAGACCGCCAUCCCUGGCCACCUCAACUCCUACACCAUCGGCGGGCUGCGUCCAGGCGUCACGUACGAAGGUCAGCUGAUCAGCCUCCUGCGCUAUGGACGCCGCGAGGUCACGCGCUUCGAGUUCACCACCACCCACGGUUCUUUGGAGACAUCGGAGGGAGAGACGGACCAGCCGGCUCCAGUCGUGGACACAUCUGAGUCCGUGACUGAGAUCACCUCAAACAGUUUCGUGGUGUCCUGGACGUCGGCCUCUUCUACCAUCUCUGGCUUCAGGGUGGAGUAUGAGCUCAGCGAGCAGGGGGCAAAGCCCAAAGUCCUGGAUCUUCCCCGCACAGUCAGCUCCGUCACCAUCAGUGAUCUCCUGCCAGGACGCAGAUACAACGUCAACGUCUACGAGCUUCCGGAUCAGGGACAACCGAACCUUAUCCUGACCACGUCACAGACCACGGCCCCUGACACGCCUGCUCAGCAUGUCAUCGACGACGUGGGCGAGACCUCCAUCCGAAUCAGCUGGACCAGACCUCAGGCUCCAAUCACUGGUUACCGCGUGGUGUACACGCCGUCAGUGGAAGGCAGCAGCACUGAGCUGAACCUGCAAGACACAGAGACCUCGGUGAACCUGGUGGACCUUCGCCCCGGUCUGCUCUACAACAUCAGCAUCUACGCUGUGGAGGGGAACCGGGAGAGCGAGCCUGUCUUUGUGCAGGUCAACACGGCUGGAACUCCUCCUCCUGAGGAAGUCCCGGCACCCACCGACCUGCAGUUCUAUGAGGUUUCCGACGUGAAAAUCACCAUCACGUGGACCGGUCCACCCAACGAGGUGACCGGUUACAGGGUGAUCUUCUCCCCCGUCGGCACUGACGGCACUGACACCAGGCCUCUUCAGCUGCCCAUCUCGCCCAACGCGUACGCUGAUAUCACCCACCUGCAGCCGGGCAAACUCUACCGCUUCUACAUCUACGCCAUCAGUGGCGGAGUAGAGAGUGAGCCUCUUGUGGGGCAGAUGUCCACAAAACCGGACGCACCCUCCGACGUGCGUUUCUCCGACAUCGGCCCCGACAGUGCGCUGGUCACCUGGGAGGGUCCUCGUGCCGUUGUCACUGGAUACCGUCUCUUACUGAGCAUCGAGGGCUCCAGCCCCGUGGAGAAGAGGAUUCCAGGCAGGGUCACCCAGUAUGCUCUGAGGAAUCUGCGGCCAGACACGCAGUACACUGCCAUCCUGCACUCUGAGCUGAACAAUGACCUCAGUGAGGGUGUCACCAAGUAUUUCACGACCGCUCCUCAGAUGGGAAAUGCUCCCGUCUUCAGCACGGAAGUCACUGACUCUGCCAUCACCAUCUCCUGGAUACCUGUCCGCAGGUUCAGCUACAGGCUGUCCGUGCUCCCCAGUCAGCAGGGCGAGUCACCCAGAGAAGAGACCUCCGACUCCGGGCGCAUCCAUAUUCCCGAUCUGAUUUCUGGAAACCAGUACUCCUACACCGUUCAGCCCAUCUUCAAUGGCCGCAACCGUGGAAACCCCAUCACCCGCACCGUCGUCACAUCUGUGUCCCCUCCGACUGACCUCAGAGUGGAGUCCAACCCGAACACAGGAGAUCUCACUGUCCACUGGGACGCCUCCAAAACACCAGGCGUCACAGGCUACCGGGUGACGAGCACGCCCACCAACGGACAGCUCGGAAACUCUUUGGAGGAGUUCGCCCGCGCAGAUCAGACCUCCAUCAUCUUAGAGAACUUGAACUUGGGGAUGGAGUACAACAUCAGUGUCUUCGCCACAAAGGGUCAUUUGGAAAGUGUGCCCAUGUCCAGUAUUAUCACAACAGACAUUCCCAGACCAAGUCACAUUGACUUUGUCGACAUAACUGACACCACCAUUGGCCUACGCUGGACGCCCCUGAACUAUACCGCCAUCACUGGUUACCGGAUAAUGGUAGUCACGUCAGGCCAGAACAUGCCCAUUUUUCAAGAUAUGGUGGACGCGUCUGCUGGUUAUUACACCGUUCACGGUUUGGAGCCGGGCGUGGACUAUGACAUCAGUUUGGCCACUGUUACCGAGGAAGGGGAAAGCGAGCCGACCACAUACACAAAGCAAACGCAAGCUGCCAUUCCAGCUCCCACCAACUUGCAGUUUGGAGGUGUGGGUCCUGACCACAUCAGGGUGACCUGGACAGUCCCGCACGUUGCCACGCCGAGCGACAUCGCCCGCUUCGUCAUCCGCUACCACCCCGUGGCCACGGAUGACGACAUCAAGGAGGUUAAUGUCGGCGGCGCCACCAACACCUUCCUGCUCCAGAACCUGCUGCCCAACACCGACUACAGGAUCAGUGUUGUGUGUGUGUACGCUGAACGAGAAAGUGAACCAGCCUCAGGAACUCAGAGGACGACUCUGGACUCUCCCACUGGUUUGGACUUUUCUGACAUCCGCACCAACUCCUUCACCGUCCACUGGCUCGCUCCGACCGCUGUCAUCAGCGGCUACCGCAUCCGCUAUCAGAAGACCAGCGGCGGGCGAGCCAAGGACGAGCGGCUGCCGCCAACCAGGAACUACUUCACCCUGACUGGACUGACGCCAGAGACCGAGUACCGCAUCGAUGUGUAUGCCGUCAACAACAAUCAGGAGAGUCAGCCUCUCACUGGCACACAGGCCACCAUCUCUGAUGCGCCCACUGAUCUGGAGGUGGUAUCAUCCACCCCCACCAGCAUCACCAUACGCUGGGACGCCCCCUCUGUCACUGUCAACAACUACAAGAUCACCUAUGCAUCGACAAGCGGCGAGACUCCUCAAGAAUUCAAUAUCCCGGGCACUCAGACCACGGCCACCAUUACCGGUCUCAAUCCUGGCACCGACUACACCAUCACGGUCUACGCUGUCACGGCACGAGGAGACAGUCCUGCCUCCAACACACCGGUCUACAUCACACACAAGACCGAUAUUGAGCCGCCCAACAACAUGAAACUGACUGACGUGAGUGACAACGCCCUCACGGUGCGCUGGUCUCCUGCUCAGGGACCAAUCAGAGGCUACAGAGUCACCAGUGUACCAAAGAACGGCCGCGGGCCCUCCUACUCUGAGGUGGUGGCGCCUGAGCAGACACAGAUGACAUUCACAGGUCUGAUGCCCACUGUGGAAUAUGUUGUGAGUGUCUACGCACUGGGUAACGACGGACACCCCUCUUCCCCCGCGGUGGAAAACGCAGUCACGGCUAUGGAUCGCCCCAAAGACCUGGCGUUCUCUGACAUUGACUCCACCUCCAUGCGCAUCACUUGGGACAGCCCAGACGGCACCGUGACAUCAUACCGCGUCCUGUACUCCAGCCCAGAGGAGGGCGAGCGGGACUUGCGUCCAGCGCCCAGAGGGGACCAGGACAGUGUCGUGCUGAGAGGCCUUCGCCCCGGGACAGAGUACACCGUAAAAGUCAUCGCUCUGCACGGCCAAACAACCAGCACACCUUUGGUGGGAACCCAGGCUACAGUGAUCCCUGCUCCGACCAACCUGUUGAUCUCAGAGGUCGGCCCGUCGACCUUCACUGUGUCGUGGCGGGCGCCCACUGCGCGCCUCACCGGCUACCGCGUGGUGGUCAUCCCCAAGAACAUCAACAGCCCCACCAAAGAGAUGAACGUCGCCCCAGACACCACGCGAGUCAUCGUACCAGGCCUCAUGGUGGCAACCAACUACCAGAUCCAUGUGUACGCUCUGAAGAACUCAGUGUCCAGCCGACCACUAGAGGGAGAGGUGACCACACUGGAAGACGUGACUCCUCCUCGUCGCGUGCGCAUUUCUGACGUGAAGGACACGUCUUUCACGCUGAGCUGGCGCAACAAGAUAGAGACCAUCACUGGUUUCCUCAUUGAGGCCACGCCAUUGGGCGGCUCGCAGCCCACCGUCAGCAGGACCAUCCCUGGAGAAACGCGCACUUACACUCUCGCAGGUCUGCAGCCGGGCACCUCAUACUCCAUAAACAUGUACACUCUGAAUGGCAACACCAGAAGCGCUCCAUUCACCCUCACGAUUCAAACAGGUCAACCAGUGGUCCAGGCUCCCAGCAGCCUUCGCUUCACAUCUCUGACCCCCACCUCCAUCUCCUUCACCUGGCAGCCUCCUCCCACACAGAUCACAGGAUACUAUGUCACCUAUGAGGAGUCUGGUGGAGCGCCGCGGGAGCUCCUCCCACGACCACAUGCUGGUCAAAACUACGCCACCGUAUCUGGUCUGAGACCAGCCACCGAGUACAUCAUCAAGAUCAUUGCCGUCCAGAACACACAGAGGAGCACACCUCUAGUGGGCCGCAUCAGGACCCAACCAGACUCCCUGCUUCCCCUGCCGCUGCCCCACUUUCCCGGAGGGGCUGAUGACAAGCUGGAUGUCCCCGAAACUGACUUGGACAACAGUGUCCAGGUCGUGGGCACCAGUGGCCAGGAUGCGCUUGGCGGUCAAGGCCAGAAUGUGGAGUACACUGAGUUUAACAACAAUGGAGAUAACAGGUUGAAUGGGAACAGUGGUAACCCACUGUCUCCCUAUGGGCAAGUGCGUGAGCCGCUGGUGUUUGUGCCCCUCCCUGACGCAGAGGGACGCAGGCUGCCCAUACUGAAGCUGAACGUGCCCGUCGGCACCACCUUUGGUAACGAGACGGGAGUGCCACAGGAGGCCCAAACCCGCACCAGCAUCUCCUGGGAGCCUUUAAGGCAGAGCAGCGCCUACCUGGUGUCCUGUCAUCCUAUCACACACUUAAAUGAGAAGAUGUUCCAGGUCCGUCUGCCAGGCACAGCCACCACUGCCACCCUGAUAGGACUCACUCCUGGAGCCAACUAUAAGGUGCUGGUGGAGGCUCUGAAGGGGGCGCUCAAACAGAAGAUUCUGGAGCAGAUCGUCACUGCUGGAAACACCAUUCCAGACGGAGUGCCCUCUACUGGGGACACAUGUUAUGACGCCUUUACUGCAACACACCACGAUGUCGGUGCCGAGUGGGAGCGAAUGUCCGAGACAGGCUUCAAGCUGUGGUGCAGGUGCCUGGGGCUGGGGAGUGGACACUUCAGAUGUGAUUCAUCAAAGUGGUGCCAUGACAACGGCAUCAACUAUCGCAUCGGAGAGAAGUGGGAGCGCCACGCAGACAACGGUCACCUGAUGAGCUGCACUUGUUUGGGAAAUGGCAAAGGAGAGUUCAAGUGUGAGCCACGUAAGUAA